AUGGGAAACUGUUGCAGUAACCAAAGCGGAGACAUGAUGGACUCUCAAUUACAGAUUUCGCCCUCGCACUUCCAAUUUAACUACAUUAUCGGCCGAGGAGGCUUAGCAAAAGUCUGAAAAGCCAUGCGCUGUAACUCCAAAAAAGAAUUUGCUAUAAAAGUUAUGCCAAAAGUAAAAGUUUUGGCACGAAGUUCUAUAAAUAGCAUCCUCAACGAGAUGUCUUUCUUAAGCACAUUGAGGAGUCCAAGCAUUGUAAACAUGCAUUAUGCCUUUUAUGACAGCGAAAAUUUAUAUUUAGUCCUUGAUCUUAUGCCUUGCGGAGAUCUUAGAUUCCAUUUGUCUCACAGAAAAAAAAAAUUUUCAGAAAAUCAAUCGAAAUUUUUAAUUGCCAAUAUUGUGAGGAGCUUGGUAUUUAUCCAUGGGGCUCAUGUAAUUCAUAGAGAUUUAAAGCCAGAAAAUUUAUUAUUUGAUGAAAAAGGGUAUCUUCACUUAACAGAUUUUGGAACGGCAAUUAAUUAUGAUGAGAAAAAUGGAAACUGGAUGGGCGGGACUCCACAAUAUGCAGCCCCAGAAAUGUUGUUGAGAGAAGAACAAACGAUAGCAAUUGAUUAUUAUGCCUUAGGUGUUAUAUUAUAUGAGCUGAUGACAGGCAAAAGGCCUUAUGAAGGAAAAAACUGAAAAGAAAUGAAUGAGCUUAUGAAAAAUGAAUUUACAGUAAAAGAAAGCGACCUACCUGCGGGAUGGUCAAGUGAUGUAUUGGAUUUAGUGAACAAUGUAAGAAUUACUUACUCCCCCCCCCCCUCCGUGAGCGAACAAAACCAUUAGAAAAAUCGCCAUUUUUUGACCAAAAAACCCACCCUCCGUGAGUGAACAAAAAUUUUUUUAAUAGAAAAAAUUUUAAUGGAAAAAAAUUUUGAUAUAUAAGUGAUAAUUAGUAUGAUGAAAUCUAGAGCUAAUUCUGUUUAAUUUUAAACAAAUUGCGUUUUAAAACAUAAAUUUUGCAAAUUAAAUUAAUAUUUGAUUCCCAAUUUUUUGCAAAUUAGGAUUUUUUUAAAUUUCGAAAAAAAUAAUUUUUUAUAAAAUUUAUAUAUAAAUUUUUUUUAAAAAAAAAAAAAAUUAACCCCCCUCCGUGAGCGAACAAAAUUUUUUUGUUCGCUCACGGAGGGGGGGGGGGGAGUUAGCCCUUUCAAAGGAUAUAAGUAAAAAUCGAUUUAUUGAAAAUUAAUUGUAAAAGGAUGAAUUCUAUAUAUUUAAAAUCAAAUGAAAAACCAAAUUGUUAAUGGGAUGUUAGUUACUGAGAAAACAGCCAGAGAUGAGAUUAGGAUUUAAUGGUCCGGAAGAAGUAAAAAGUCACCCAUGGCUAAGAAAUAUUGAUUGAACAGAAAUUUCUAAUGGAUUAACAAAAGCCCCAUUUCUUCCAAACUCUACAACUUCAAAUUUCAACCAUUUUGUGGAAAUGUCACUUAAUGGUAAUGAAGAUAAAGAAGCAUUGCACAGAAGUAAAGAUUUGCUUAAAGAUGAAGUAACUCAUUCACUUUUUUCGGGAUUUUACUAUAAUGAGCUCGCGCAAUACUCAGGAUCAGUUUCUAACCCAGAUCUACCUCUUUUAUAUCAGUAUAGUCCUAAAUCAAAAUUGUAA